UAUUCGACUUGUUAUGCGCGACGAACGGUCACGCCACGUUUUUUCGUCCCUUCGUCUGUUAAUUUCAGCGAAUUUCUCUUUCAGGUUUUACGCGCCUGUGUCAUUUGACGUGCCGAAACCAUGUCUAGAUACAGUCAGAGACCCGAAAACGCGUUAAAACGCGCCAAUGAAUUCCUGGAGGUCGGACGGCCCGGCCGGGCCCUCGACACCCUGUACGAGGUGUUCAGGAACAAAAAAUGGGCGUACAACUGGAGCGAGAGCGUCCUGGAACCGAUCAUGUUCAAGUAUCUGGAGCUGUGCGUCGACCUCAAGAAGUCGCAUAUCGCCAAAGAGGGAUUGUUCCAGUACAGGAACAUGUUCCAGUCCGUCAAUGUCGGGUCAUUGGAGAAUGUCAUACGCGGCUACUUGAGAAGCGCUGAAGAACGGACAGAGGCAGCCAGAGAACAGUCACAACAGGCUGUUGUUGAUAUUGAUGAUUUGGACAAUUUAGCUACGCCGGAAAGUAUACUUCUAAGUGCUGUAAGUGGAGAAGAUGCCCAAGACCGUAGUGACAGAACAAUAUUAACCCCGUGGGUUAAGUUUUUGUGGGAGUCAUAUUGUCAAUGUUUGGAACUUUUAAGAACUAAUGCCCAUGUGGAAACUUUAUAUCAUGACAUAGCAAAAAUGGCUUAUCAAUUUUGUUUAAAAUACAAUCGUAAAACAGAGUUCAGAAAGCUAUGUGAUAAAUUACGAAAACACCUUGAAGAUAUUGCUAAGUUGCCUCCUCAAACUGUUAAUGUUAGCCUUUCAAACCCGGAAACACAACAAUAUAACUUAGAAACUCGCUUAUGUCAAUUAGAUUAUGCUAUUCAGAUGGAAUUGUGGCAGGAAGCAUACAAAGCAACUGAAGAUAUCCAUAAUUUAAUGUCUUUGGCCAAGAAGUCCCCUGUUCCAAAAACUAUGGCUAAUUAUUACCAAAAAUUAGCUAUGGUUUUCUGGAAAGCUGGCUAUAAUUUAUUCCAUGCUGCAGCUCUAUUGAAGCUUUUCCAACUCAGCAAAGAAAUGAAGAAAAAUAUUACUGCUGAAGAACUUCAAAAAAUGGCUUCUCGUGUUUUGUUGGCCACUUUAGCUGUACCAUUGCCAUCGGCUCAUCCUGAAUUUGAUCGCUUCAUUGAAACUGAUAAAAGUCCUUAUGAAAAAGCACAAAAACUUGCGGUGCUCCUAAGUCUUCCUGCCCCACCUACAAGAAUCUCUCUUAUGAAAGAAGUUGUUCGUCAUAAUGUAGUAUCUUUAGCAUCUGAGGAUUUACGUAAUCUUUACAUGUGGCUAGAAGUAGAGUUUCAACCUUUAGAACUUUGCAAACGUGUUGAAACUGUAACUGAUCCACUUAUUGGUAGUGGUAGUGAAUUGGAAGGAUAUGUUGCUCCAGUACGUGAAGUAACAUUGGCACGAUUAAUUCGACAACUCUCUCAAAUUUAUGAAACGCUUGAAUAUAAACGACUCUUAGAAUUAGCUUCUUACUGCAAGCCCUUCCAUAUGGAACGUGUAUUGGUUGAUUUAGUUCGCCAUAAUGAUAUGCAGAUUCGCAUUGAUCAUGGAAAAGGAUGCAUUCAGUUUGGAAUGGACUUGUCAGAAUCACAACGGGAAGACAAACCAGAAGGACCAACUCUACAAACAAUGCCCAGUGAACAAAUCCGUACAUAUCUAAUUAAUACUUUUAAAGUAUUAUCUAAAUCUGCUAGUAUUAUCAAUCCAGAAGCUAACAAGGAUGAAUGCAAACAAAUUCACCAAUCUCUUAUUAGACAUCAUCAUGAAACAAAAGAUAAAGAACAUCAAAGAAUCUUGGCCCGCCACAAAAUAAUUGAAGAUCGUAAAGAAUACUUAGAAAGAUUAAAUACUGUUCGAGAAGAAGAAGAAGCUCGUCGGGCAGAAGAAAUUGCUAGGGCUGCUGCUGCAGCUGAAGCAAGACGAUUAGAUGCUGAACGCGAAGAAAGAGAAAAAAGACGCCAGGAAUCAGAGCUACAAGCUAUCAAAGAUAGGAAUUUCAAAGAAAAAAUGCAACAAAUCUCUUUAACAGCUCAUGGUCAAAAAGUUUUAAAAAAACUGAAUGAAGAUGCCUUGAAAAAUAUGGAUGCUGAUCAAAUUGCUGCUAAAGAAGCUGAAGAAUUGGCAAAAGAACGAGCAGAAUUGGUACAAAAAUUGAAAAAUCGCAGAAAACAAAUGGAUUAUUUUGAAAGAGCAAAGAGAAUAGAAGAAAUCCCCCUAUUAGAACAGGCAUGGAAAGAAAAACAAGUUCACGAUAAAAAGUUUUGGGAACAUCAAGAAGCUGAACGUAUUCAGUUAGCAAAUCAGGAGCGGAAAUUAGCUGAACAAAACCGAGAAAGGUUGGCUCGAAUGAAACCAGACAUGGAUAUAUUCUUAGGAGAAAUGAAAGAGCGCCGCACAGCUGAGUUCCAGGUCAAAUUGGUGGUGUUUGAAGAAGAGUUGAUAACUAUUCGUAAGGAUAGGUUGGCAUUAAGAAAAGAAGAAAGGAAAAUAGCAUUGAUUAAACAACGGGAAGAGGAAAAGAGGCGUAAAGAAGAAGAAGAAUGGUUGCGCAAAGAAGAAGAAAAGAAAAAAAAAGAAGAAGAAGAAAAAAAGAAAAAAGAAGAAGAAGAGCGUUUGGCUAAUUUGGCUCGUCAAGAACAACUUGAAAGACAAGCUGAAAUUCAACGUAAAAAAGAAGAAGAAGUACAGAGGAAAUUGGAAGAGAAGAGUAAGAUCCUUUCUUCAUCAACAACCUCAGCGUCGUCUUCCUGGAGAAAUUUGGACAAGGCCAAAGAAGAUACAAAAUUAUUUAGCUCUACUCGAGACAAUAAAGAUAGAAGAGAAGUAGGAUUUGGGCGUACUAGGGAUGAAGGUCCACCGCCUGAACGUCGAUCCAUGUUUAGUAAUAAUAGAGGCAAUGAAGACCGCAAAGGAGGAGUGUUUUCAAGAGAUAAUGACCGUGGUGGUUGGAGUCGUGGCGGAGGUGCCAGUACUACUGGUGGUGCCUUUGAUAAAAAUUUCAAAGAUGCCCCAAGAGAUGGAGCCCGUUCAGCUUUUGACAGGGAUACACCUAGAAAGCGAGAUAUACCUUCGUCCAAUGAUCAAGGUGGAGGAAAUUCAUGGCGUACCAGUCGCGCUCAAGACUCCGAGGAUAAACGAAAGGCCAAGUGAUUUUAAAAUGACUGUUAAUGAAAUUAUCUGUCUUCUUUUUUUUCUAAAUCUGAUAUAUUCAUAUUUAUAAUUAUUUUCUUAUUAUUUAAAUGUAGAAAUUUUGAGCUAUCGUCAUGUUUUUUUUUUUAUCUUAACAAUUACAAAUAAUUAUAUAUAUUGCAUAAAAUAAUGAUAAAUACAUUUAUGUAUGACAUUCAUAUAGCUACAUAAAUAAACAUAAUAUAUUAGAUUUAAUUGUGUGUGGUAUUACCAUGUAUUAUAAUAUAAUGUAUUUAUGUUGCAUUGAGAAUGUAACAUGAAUGUUUUUGAUGUACAAUUUGAUGUUUGAUUUUGUGAUUUCAUAUCAUCAAAUUUACUAGUUUUACACAAUAGGUUGAAUGUUUUUGUGUGUUUACCUGUAGAGUGUAGGGGGAAUAAAAUCAACAACCCACCAUGCAUUAAUUUGGUCUCCACUAUCCUUAAUUUACUUUGGUAUUCUCGGAUGAACAUUUUUACAACUUAAAUACUCUGAAUUAAUUAUUUUCUUUUUAAACCUUUUAUGAUAACUAUCUUAUUAAAAUUAACACUGAUUUUUUGUUAGCUUACUGUUAUGCUUCCAUUGCACCUUUUAAUUGUUGUCUAAGGUAAUUGUCAAUGAUUGCCACCGACCUGGUGUUAGUUGCGCUAUGGUCUAUAGAUUAACAUUAAAUAGAAAAAUAAUUUUCCCAUCUAGAUAGUUCAUUUAUAUACUCAAUAUACCUUUUAAAAAACAUUAAAAUUAAAUAUACAUGGUUAAAAUAUAUAAUAUCAUAAAUUGCAGGUCAUGUUGAGCAAUAAACACCUUAUCAUGUUUACACAAACCAAUAACUAACUUAUCCGUAUUAAGAUAAUUUUUUAAUUGAUCCACUUUAUUAUUUUGGUUUUUAUUUUCAUCCAAUUUUUUUUUAUAUCCAUAAUGUAAUGUAUAUGAAAGUAACCUUUUGUAAAAACACUAGAAAAUGUAAAAAUUGUAAGAGAUUGAUUUUUGUUAAUAAAAAUUGUAUUAAACAAUAGUUUUUAUACUUUAGUUAUAGGUAAAGUGGUUAAACAAAUUGAGGUGUGAUAAAUGUCUGGUUGAAAUAUAUUGAAGCAUUAUAUUCAGUUUAAAACAAUGAUUAAAUAUUAUUUUACACCAAAUUAUAAUAUUUUAUACUCAGUUUUUAGACUUUGUUAUAAUACCUACAGGAUUGUUUAGAAGUUGGUGGCUCAACUCUAGCAGUACCCACUCCAACACUUAGUUUUGUAUAUUAUAAUAUUGUAAAACAAAUAUACUUUGUUAUUCUUUU